CACACACGCACACUCUCUCUCUCGCCGCGAAGUUUGGUUUGCUUCAGCAAUAAUAAUACUCUCUUCUCGUCGUCUUCUUCCUUCCUUUGUUCUCUUCUCUUCUUUUGCUUUCUCCGUAUUCGAAACAAUACCCAGGCGAGGCGUGUUUAUUGGCGCUUCCUCCGUAAAUGGGUUUGUGGGAUGCCCUCCUCCAUUGGCUUCGCAGCUUAUUUCUUAAGCAAGAAAUGGAAAUCUCCCUCGUAGGGCUUCACAAUGCAGGAAAGACAUCUCUUGUUAAUGCCAUAGCUGUAUGUAAACAAGAAAUCAUCCUUUUAUGCAUACAUAUCCAUCUGGUUGUUUCUAUACAUCUCUCAUCUUUUAAGUAUCUGUUGAUUAAAUUUUAUUCAGACAAGAGAGUACAACGUGGACAUGAUUCCAACUGUUUCGAAGUGCGAAAAGUUACCAAAGGCAAUGUAACAAUAAAAAUUUGGGACCUUGGAGGGCAAAGCAGGUUUCGUGGCAUUUGGGAGCGUUACUGCAGGGGAGUGUCUGCAAUUCUAUACGUUGUUGAUGCAGCUGAUAGAGACAGUGUUCCAAUAUCUCAAAGUGAGCUGAAAGAGCUCUUAUCAAGACCUUCCUUAACUGGAAUUCCUAUGCUGGUGCUUGGCAAUAAAAUCGACAGGUCAGAAGCUAUUUCCAAGCAAGCACUGGUGAAUCAGCUAGAUCUUCGAUCAAUCCAAGACAGAGAAGUGUGCUGCUAUAUGAUCUCAUGCAAGGAUUCUGUAAACAUUGACACAGUGAUUGACUGGCUAAUAAAACACUCGAAGACUAGUAAACGAUCAGUUACUUCCCCUUUUUCUCAGUGAUGAAGAACAGAUCGAGGUUAACACGCUUAUGCUCUGUAGAUCUUCUUCUGCAUAGGAAGUUCAGCUGGUUCAAUCCUGGAACCAUUUGUAUACUUUGAGUUGCAUUUGAUCAUGAUCAGGUUCUCUCUGCAAUGUCUGUAAAAGAGAAAAAAUGCCACGCCCCUUCUUC